AUGGCAGCAGAAUCUCAAGAAAAUUCAUCUAAUGAAGAAUCCUCUGUUGAUGGUAUCAAGCUUCUAAAGUCUAUGACAUUUGUGCUCUCUUCUCUUCAGAAGAACGUGGUAUCUAUGGGAUCAAAUAUAAUAAAGGCUCUAAAUACCCAGAAAGAAGAAAGAAAGGAAUUUGUUGAUUUUGUCAAUGUUCUUAAUAAAUUGGACAACACUCUAAAGAAGAAUACUCGUCAAUCUGAAAUGAUGGACAUUGAAAGGCACGUCAAUGAUGAUCGUCAUCGAGAAACUAUGGAGGAACUCGAGAAUGCGAAAGCUGAUGCUGAAAAAGAACAACCUCGUAUCACCCAAGGUGAGCCAAGUAGAAAAGGUGACGGUGUGUCAACCGGCACCAGAUCUAAACGAGCGCCGAUCAACGAUGAAAAUCCAACGCCAACUAAAAGAGGCGGAGGUCGAAGCGGUGGUAAUCGUGGAGGCCGAAGCAGUGGUGGUGGUCGUGGUAGGCAAUCUGGUAUUGAUCAAAGAGGUCGUGCUAGUGGCGGUGAUCAUGGUGGGAGAUCUAGUGGAAGCGGUCAUGGUGGUCGCAUUCUUCCUCCUUUUCAAAAUCUGUUAACCGGUCAAGAUAUAGUCGAUGAAGGGAUGAGCCCAACCAAUCCUCAAGUAAAAAAGGGAAGAACGAUAAUCUCUUUUCUCCUAUCUUGUUAA